CCAACAGUCAACAUGACACAAGGAACCAGCCAGGUGGACCCAGAAAAAAUUCUCCAGGUUUUAACAACUCCAUGGAGAGAAACAUCUUGGGGAAACAAACAGGAACUUCUGCAGUAUGUAAAGAAUUUUCAACCUCAAAAUGAAGAAAUCAAAGCCAUAAGAGUUUUACUCUGUGGACCGACCGGUGCAGGAAAGUCCAGCUUCAUCAACUCUGUCAACAACGUCCUCCAAGAGAAAAUGACCAAUAAAGCUCUGGCCAGCAACCUAACCUCUGAUCAGAGUUUCACCAAGAAGUAUCAAACCUAUAAAAUCAAGAAAGAAGGCAGGGGAAACUUCUAUCCCUUUGUGUUCAACGACAUCAUGGGUCUGGAAGAUGGAGAUGGAAGAGGAGUCAGAACAGACGACAUUAAACUGGCCUUGAAGGGUCAUGUGAAGGAUGGAUAUAAGUUCAAUCCUUUAUCUUCUCUUUCUGAUGGUGGUCUUGGCUACAACUCUUCCCCAUCCAUCAGCGACAGAGUCAAUGUUCUGGUUUACAUUCAUUCUAAAGUUCAAAUGAAGCCGUCUAUUUUACAGAAAAUGAGGGAAAUCAGAGAAGCAGCAAAUGAGCUGGGAAUCCCUCAGCUGGCAAUUCUCACCCACAUUGAUGUAAAAUAUAGUUUCAUAGAAAAAUUGUUUAGAAACAUCAACAGAGAAAAUAUAGAGGCAACGAUAGGUGACUUCAGCUCCAGUCUGAGGAUUCCAGUGAACCACAUCCUCCCAGUGAAGAACUACAGUCAUGAAAUUCAAAUUAAUUCAAAUGUCGACAUUUUGAUCCUGAAUGCGUUGAAAAUGAUGAUUGACUUUGGAGACGCCUACGCUAAAAACAGUGGUUCUUAA